GGAUUUCCAUCUUUUAAUCCUCUAAUAAAACACUUUACUGAAUAAUAAUAAUAAUAAUAAGAAUCGCACACUUUGAUUCCAGUUGAUCAUGCUGCCGCUAAGGAGGUCUAUUUUGGAAAUAUCCACUCGUCGAAUUUCGCCACGGAUAACGACUCAGAUUCCUUUGUAUCUUUCCUCCAGGAAGAAAUUCUCUGCUGCUCCUGAUCCGGGCCCAGGUUCAACAGGAAAGCCGCCAGGUUCCGGGAGUAAUUUGUCUAAAGUAUUUAUUGGAAGUAUAGUUUUAGGUGGCGCUGCAGCUGCUGGUAUGACAGCUUACCAGACUGGCUACUUGGAUAAAUAUCUUAUGAAGGAAAAAGAUAAUAAUGUUACUACAUAUCCAGUCCCCAAUGUGCACGAGGAAUCUCAACAAUCAAAGACAAUUGAUAACGAGUUGCAUGACGUUGAAGCUUUAAAACAAGAUGCUGUUCACAAUGUACGAGAAUCUGAUAUUUCAAGUCCAGCCAUUGAGAAAGGCAUUGAAAACGAUCCAUAUUAUGGCACAAAAGAAGAAGAAACUCAUUCUGAAAUAAAAGAGUUGCCAAUAUCGGAAUCUCAUGAUACUGUAUCUGAUCAGGAGGAUAAGUUGCCUACCUUAGACCACGGCAUCUCGACUUCUGAUAGUGCAAAUAUUGAUUCGAUAGCUAAGCUUCAAGAGGAUCUUGCUACCAAAAAUGAACAAGAUAAGCCUGCUACAGAACAACAAGAGGGGGAUGAGGUCACCCCAUUGCCAACGGAGGUUGCUUCAGUUAUUGAAGAAAAUGUGGUCCAUUCUGAGGAACCCCAGAAGCUGGGCACUACAAAUACGUCAGAGGGUAUCACAAGUGAUGAUGGGAAAGAGCCAAAUUCACUUCUUGAUUCAUACCAUAUGAGAGAUGAGAGCGAACAAGUUACUUCAGCAUCUUCGCACCUAGAUAAGGAAGUAGCUGAGGUAGUUAGAGGAACCAAUGAUACUCGUAUGUCAGACGACGGAAAAUUGGUUCUGGAUUUCCUGCAAGCCAUUCACACUGCUGAAAAGAGGCAGGCAGAUUUGGAUGCACACAUAUUUUCUGAGGAGAAGAGGUUGAUGAAGGAGAAAUAUGAAAAGGAACUUAAAGAUGCAAGAGCGCGUGAACUCAUGUAUGCUGAAAGAGAGACAAUAUUGGAUAAGGAGUUGCAUAAAGAAAAGCUAAAAGCAGCUGCUGCUCUCAAGUCGCUUCAGGAAAAGUUAGAAGAGGAGUUCAGAAUGGAGAUUGAAAGAAAGGAAUCUCAAACAGAGUUGGAGCUUAAGAAAUUGAAGGAUCUUGCAAAAGCUGAAUUGACUGCUGCAAUUGCAAGUGAGAAAGCAUCCCAAAUUGAAAAACUGGAGGAGGCAAAUCUCAAUAUAAAUGCUUUAUGCAUGGCAUUCUAUGCAAGAUCUGAAGAGGCGCGUCAGAGUCAUUCUGUCCACAAGCUUGCCUUGGGGGCUCUUGCAUUGGAAGAUGCUCUGUCUAAAGGCUUGCCUAUACAGAAAGAAAUAGAUGCUCUUCACAGUUACCUUGACGGAAUUGAUAAAGAUUCCCUACUAGGUUUGGUAAUGGCAUCUCUUCCUGAAGAUACACUGAAAAAUGGGACGGAUACAAUAUUGCAGUUGAAUCACAAGUUUGAUGGCUUGAAAGGAACUCUGAGGCACUUUAGCCUAAUGCCUCCAGGUGGUGGUGGCAUUUUGGCACAUUCUUUGGCUUACAUUGCAUCCGGGUUAAAGGUCAAGGAAACCGACAAAUCAGGUGAUGGAAUAGAGUCGCUGAUAAAUCGAGUGGAGAAUUUUUUAGCUGAUGGAAAACUUUUGGAAGCCGCUGAAACACUUGAACAUGGUCUCAAAGGCAGCCAGGCAGCAGAAGCUGUAAAUGAUUGGGUCCAGCAAGCAAGGAACCGGGCUAUCACUGAGCAAGCACUAACCCUCCUACAGUCUUACGCUACAUCUUUAAGCCACACUUGAACCAAUACCCUUCAUUCUCAAAUUCCCAUGACCGGCCCUCUUCUUACCACACAGAAAACCUCAUUAGCUUACACUUGUCUUUGUGAAUAAAGAGGACGGGUCUACCUUCAUAGCCCCAAAUUUUGAACUUUUGCUGGUGGGUUGAUUAAAUUUGUCCAAAGUUCUUGCUGUAUUGUUGUUGAGGUAACACCAUGUUUGCCAGUAAACCUGGUUUUUCUGAUUAAUGCGCAUAAUAUCUACGAAAUAGAUGAAGAAAAUUGAGCCUAUGCUGGCUUGUUUGCUUUGUAGAAAGGUGUUGCCUUGGGACGUUAUUAUAACAUCAUUGUUUUCCAGAGAAAGAAAAUUACUUAUCAGCCUGAUAUGCCCUGAUGAAUAUAUGGAAGUUGAAAAGAGAUUUUCGUUGAGUUCAUCAGUAUCUAAUAUCGAUCGGGUGGUGACUGAUGAGUAUACUGUAAGAACUUGCCAACUAUUUAAAACACAUAAUACAAGUGUAAUAUUCAAUGAAAUGAGUGAACGAAUAUCCAUUAAACGAAAUUUAACGUUUAUCUAACAGAUAUCAAGAAAUAACAUUUAACAA